AAACGAACAAAUUUCACAACUCUCUCUACUCUCUCUCUCUCUACAUUACUUUACUCUCUCUCUAAAAAAAAAGAUGGGGAAAGCGCCGGAAGAAGAGCACCCAGUGAAGGCAUUCGGAUGGGCGGCCAGAGACACUUCUGGAGUCCUCUCUCCUUUCAACUUCUCCAGAAGGGUCACGGAAGACGAGGAUGUGAGGCUCAAGAUUUUGUAUUGUGGGAUUUGCCACUCUGAUCUUCACAGUGUGAAAAAUGAAUGGAAGAAUUCCACUUAUCCCAUUCUCCCUGGGCAUGAGGUUGUGGGAGUGGUGACCGAGGUUGGCAGCAAGGUACAAAAGUACAAAGUUGGAGACAGAGUCGGGGUGGGUUGCAUGGUCGGAGCUUGUCACACUUGUGAAAACUGUGAGAACAAUCUUGAAAACUAUUGUCCCAAGUAUAUACUCACAUACAAUUCUGUGAAUUAUGAUGGAACCAAGACAUACGGAGGUUACUCUGAUCACAUGGUCGCUAAUGAGCGCUAUGUCUUUCGGAUUCCUGACAAUCUGCCUCUUGAUGCUGCUGCUCCUCUCCUCUGUGCUGGGAUCACAACUUACAGCCCAUUGAAAUAUUUUGGGCUCGAUAAGCCAGGUAUGAAAGUGGGUGUGGUGGGCCUAGGUGGAUUGGGCCAUGUGGCUGUUAAAUUUGCCAAGGCUUUUGGGGCUAUAGUGACCGUUAUCAGUACCUCCCCUCACAAGAAGAAGGAAGCUGUUGAGCAACUUGGUGCCGAUUCAUUUUUGGUCAGUAGUAAUCCAGACGAAAUGCAGGCUGCUAUGGGCACUUUGGAUGGAAUUAUUGACACUGUAUCUGCAGCUCAUGCGCUGGUACCAUUGUUGUUUCUAUUGAAGUCUCACGGCAAGAUCAUCAUGGUUGGUGUUCCAGAAAAGCCACUCGAGUUACCAGUCUUUCCUUUGAUUAUGGGGAGGAAGAUAAUAGCUGGAAGUGGCAUUGGUGGUAUGAAGGAGACACAAGAGAUGAUCGAUUUUGCGGGAAAACACAGCAUAACACCAGAAAUUGAGGUCAUUCCAAUGGACUAUGUGAACACUGCUAUGGAGCGUCUCGCAAAAGGUGAUGUUAAAUACCGGUUCGUCCUUGACGUUGGAAACACACUGAAAGCUGCCUAGUCUUUAGUCCUAGGUUAUGCUUCCAAAAUAUUAGUUUGGAGGUGGUGUGGCAUGUUCAUGUAAAAGGGAGAAUCUGAUGGUCUGAGGUCUUUAGUUUUUUGUUUUUUUGACUUCUGUUGUCAAUGUCAAAAAAACAUUUUCUUCAAUCUGAAAUGAUCGGGUGUUAUAUAGGUUCAAUUAUUGUUAUUGUUAUUAUUGUUGUCGAGAACCAUUCAACUAAUUGGUGUUCAAACAGUUGUACCUUUUAAUAGAGCUUGAUGUGUUUGAAUU